UAAGGGGCGGGGCCAGCAGCGCUCACCCAGACUCCCAAGCGCGCAGUAGCGGCAGUGACGUGACGCAGGCGCGGACCUUCCUGGAGGCCGAGGCUCUGUGGACAGACACCUUCCCUUCUCCGCGGCUGGAAUUCCCGGCGUCACUGAGCAUCUGCGCGCGGAUUUCCACAGCCCCGGUUCCGGUCCGCGAGUGCCUGGUAGCCGCGCACCACCUUCGCCCAGCGCCAUGGCCGCGGCCGGUGGGCCCGGAGCGGACAGACGCUGCCCUCUUCUCGGCCUCCUUUUGCUUCUGAUCGCAGGCCCUGCCCUGGGCUGGAACGACCCUAACAGAAUAUUGUUGCGGGAUAUACAAGCUCUUACCCUCCACUAUGAUCGCUAUACCACCUCCCGUAGGCUGAGUCCGAUUCCACAGCUGAGAUGUGUUGGAGGCACAGCUGGAUGUGAUACUUAUACUCCAAAAGUUAUACAGUGCCAGAACAAAGGCUGGGAUGGUUACGAUGUACAGUGGGAAUGUAAGACUGAUUUAGAUGUUGCAUACAAAUUUGGAAAAACUGUGGUGAGCUGUGAAGGCUAUGAAUCCUCUGAAGACCAGUAUGUACUAAGAGGCUCCUGUGGCUUGGAGUAUGACUUAGAUUACACGGAACUUGGCCUGAAGAAAUUGAGAGAGUCUGGCAAAAACAAUGGCUUUAGCCCAUUCUCUGAUUAUUAUAAAAGUAAUUCCAGUGGCAUCAGUGGACUGAUUACCAUCGUGGUGCUACUUGCUAUUGCCUUCGGAGUUUAUAAGUUGUUCCUUGGUGGUGGUCAAGAUUCUCCUCCACCGUAUUCUGAGUCUCCUCCGUAUUCUCCCGGUUUUCAGGGAUUCACCAACUCAGCAGGACCCCCUCCCCCGGGCUUUAAGCCAGGGUUCACAGGAACUCCUGGUGCAACUUACGGUUUUGGCAGUGCUUUCACAGGACAACAAGGAAAUGCAAAUUCGGGACCAGGUUUCUGGACUGGCUUGGGAACUGGAGGAAUAUUAGGAUAUUUGUUUGGCAGCAAUAGGGCAACAACACCCUUUUCAGACUCAUGGUACCGCCCGUCUUAUCCCUCAUAUUUCGGCACAGGAAGUAGCCGUGCUUACUCCCCGCAUUGUGGAGACUCCGGUAACUAUUCAGCAUGUUCAAGUUCACAGACAAAAACCAGAACAGCAUCAGGAUACGGCGGUACCAAAAGACGAUAAGAAAGUAAAAAGUUGAAGUCAAACACUGGAUGCAAAAUUUCUGAUUUUUCAUCACUUUUCUCUUAAAAAGGGCUACCAGCAAUAACUGGGAAAGGGAAUAUUAAAACAUUCUGUGGUGUUUU